ACAGCAAGCCAACAUGAAAGCUCGAGAUCAGUAGUCAUAACCGUAACAACGCUUCAAAGACAAUCGAUUUGAACAAACCAAGAUCUACCCGAGGAAAGCUGAAAAUCUUAACUUUUUAUUUUAUUUUAUUUUAAAAAAGCCAUCUUUAAUGAUAAAAAAAUAAGCUUGCAAAUGGAACCACCCGUUUUUUUUUUUUGAACACAUGGAACCACCCGUUAAAAGUAGGGUUAAUUUGCCAUCUAACCAAUUUUGGAAAGGAAAUGAAGAAUAUGUCACUGAUUUUGACGUUAUUAACUCAAUAACAUUUAGUGUACAAUUGUGCCGGUUAUAUCCUUCCUCUUUCCAGGUAAUCGGUAACAGAAAAAAAUAGACAACGUCGACAUAAAGAACAUGUGAACGAGGAUGAUUAUAUCGUUGAUGAUGAGUAUGUAUAUUGGAUUAUUGGUUAUAUGGUCUGUGGUAUUUACUGUGGAAGACGCAUGCAAGAAGGUUGAGAUAUAAUCACGGUUUACUGAAGAAGAGAAACAACAAUUAACACACCAUUGAUGACGUUAUGUUACGGGUACAAAAUAAUGUUAUAAUUUUUUUAUAAAUACUACAGUAUAAAAUAUAAUAGUUUUCCAAAAUAAAAUCAAGUAUGGUUCUAGCUACUAUUCCAUUUACAGAUCCCACCAACACUCCCCUAACAUCCCCAAAACACUAAACCCAACUCCCCCUCCCCAACCUUUAAAUAUUAAACCCUAAACCCGAAUCACUAAACCCAAACCUUAUUCUAAACCCUAAACUCUAAUCGUUAACCGUAAAUCCAAAUAUAAAAUAUAAUAUAAAGUUAUAAUACAUAUAAAGAAUAUGUAAAUAGAAAAAAAAGCUAUUCCAUUUAACGCAAAUGACAUAGAAAUACGAGAGCGUUGUAGAUUAAAAAAUACCCAAAUAUAAAAUACUAUUUCAUUUAUAGACUCCACACCAACACUUCUCUAACAUCCCCAAAACACUAAACCCACCCCCUCCCUAAAUAUUAAACCCUAAACCUCAAUCACUAAACCCAAAACCUAUAUUAAAUCAUAAACUCUAAUCAUUAACCCUAAACCCCAAAUAUAAAAUACAAUAUAAAGUUAUAAUACGUAUAAAGAAUAUGUGAAUAGAAAAAAUAAGCUAUUCCAUUUAGCGCAAAUGGUAUAGAAAUACCAUAGCGUUGUCGAUUAUAUAGUUUUGUAGUUUGAAAGGUGAAAAAGAAUAACAUUGCUCAAUCAUUAAACAAAAUAAAACACGAUAAACAUUAUACUACUUAUUAAUGAUUAAUACGAAAAAGAGAAAUGUUAAUAUGCCAUCAUGUUCCAUUUCAUUGAAAUAAUAUAGAAAUACAAUGGGAGUGUAUAUAUUAAAUAGUAUAGUAAUUACAUUUCUGCAAAUAAUACUACUAUGUUAUAUACCUUUUUACAUUGAGUAGCUGCCGAAUCAUCUUCUACAUAUCCUCAUAUAUCCCCGACACAACAUACAUUCAUCUGUCCACCACCAUUACUUUUCAUCACCAGAUUUACAUAAUAUCCCAGGUCCAUUUUAGAUUGUGGAUGUUCCAGUUAUGUUUGAGAUAUUAAUGAGCAAAACAGAGUGCGAAGACAGAAGGUGGAAGGAAUUGAUCUUUUGAUUCCAUAGAGUAAUCGCUGAUCGGAAAAAGAAAUUAACAGAAAUAAAUUGAUGAUGAAAACAUAAAAAAAAUAAUAAACAGAUGUAGAUGUUAGUUGCAGAUAUCUGGGAAAAUAAUGAAGAAGACAGGAGAAAAGGGUUAACCGGUUGUCUUCAAGGGUAGUUUGGUAUAUAUUUUAGAAAAUACGUUGAAUAUCUUGGUCAAAUUUUUUUUAGUUAGUUACCUAAUUAUAAAAUUUUUGUUGGUCAUACAGUCCAAUUUCCCUUAAAAGUAUUAAACUGCUGGCAGAGUUUCUAGGAGAGAGAUAUUGUAUCUCAUUUCUUUCUAUUUUUACAUUAGUUCCCCAAUUUAAUCACUAAAACUUUAUUAGAUGCUGCCACUAAAUAUGGUUUAAGGAUUUUUCCAUUCACAUAAUAAAGAAGAGUGCUUGUCUGUUACAUUUUCAAAAUAUGAGGUUUUAUUUACAAAUCUAUAAAGCAUUAGCACGUCAAAAAAUUGGUAUUGUCGACAUAGAAACGGUGGUAGCAUAGUGGUAAAAGACGAAUUUGGGAUAAAAUAUAUAUUUGUCUGUUCAAGAUUUCAUUUCUAUUAGAAACUAAAAUGUUAUUUGAUUAGUCAUGCGAAAUGAAAUUUUGUUUGCCUCAUUUAGAAAAAUAGAUUUGAAUUACAAGUUGGCUUUGACAUUUUAAAAAUUAUUUGGGUUUCGGCCCAUACAUUUUCAAAGCUUUACUUGCUUCAUUUAGGAAAAAAAUGUUUGAAUUACUAGUAAGUUUCGAACUUUAGAAGAUUAUUUGGAUCUCGGCCCAUACAUUCGAAACCUUGCUUGCCUUAUUUAGAAAAACAAGUUUGGAUUACUAGUCGGUUUCGAUCUUUAAAGAAUUAUAAUCUUGGCCCACAUAUCUACUAGUAUAUAUAAAGGUUAUCUCUAGGUUUAAGAAAGAUAUUAGGGUUAAGAGUCAAAAGAAUCCAACAGUGAGAGGCAGAGUUGAAAACAAUCAUGAAAAGGGUCAAGAGGUCUACGAAUCAAGACGAAAGGAUUGUAAACGUCUCGUUUACGAACCUUGCUAAUGACAUGAUCAUAGAGAUUCUCAUGAAUCUGCCGCCGAGAUCCAUAGCCAGGCUCCAUUUCGCUUCUAAACAAUUGCCAUCGAUAAUCCUCGACAAAAAGUUCAUCCAGUGGUACAUGACCCGAUCUUUAACUCAGCCACGUUAUCUUAUCUCACUGCACCGUGGCGGAUACAUGCAGAUGCAGCACUUUCAAUCCUUGUCUCAAGACCAUCCGUAUAAUCAUAACAUGGUUAGUUAUGAAAUGGAACCCAAUGUACUGUACGAAUUUACUCCACCUGUUCGCGGCUUGAUCUGCGGUUGGGACUUUACCAAGAUGAUUGUCGGAAACCCUAGUACGGGUCAGUUCGUAUCGUUACCUAGAGUCAAAACGAGGAGGCAAAAUAUAUUGUCUGUUUUUGGAUAUGAUCCAGUUAAUGAUGUAUACAAAGUGUUGUGCAUGACGGUGGUACUUAAACGUAGUCACAUGUCUCGUAAUGGUAAUGUUGUGCCGUGGGAGGAUAUUGUGUCGGAGGAGCAUCAAGUGAUCACUCUAGGAACUAAUGAAAAAUGGAGAAUGAUCGAGUGUAAGUAUCCACAUCGUCAUAACUCUGGAUGUAAAGGGAUAUGCAAGGAUGGGUUUAUGUAUUAUUUAGCUACUUGCGAUAAAAAGCGAUCUCUAAUGAGCUUUGAUCUGAGUUCUGAAGAGUUUAAUGUCACUAAGCUACCUGAGGAAUUCAAAACAUAAAAUUUAUAUCUUUGUCAAAAAUAUAUAUGCACUUAUAAUUUAGCUUCACCUGAUGGCGAUUGUGUGACUGCCAACGGUUCCUUUUUUUUUAAUUGUUUUUUCGUUCAAUAAUACGAUUACAGUUUUUGCUAUGACCGAAAUACGAUGAUUCAAAAAGAACCAUAAAAAAACGGUGCAAACAUUUAGUUGACGAUGUCAAGAGGCCGAACACAUCUACCUGUUUCUUCCUCUGCUUCCACGUCCUCUAUUUCCUACUUAGACCAUCUUCGAUGAUUUACUCUACUUUUAGACCAUCUUCAAUGAUUUAUUCUCUUUUAGAGUAGCUUUUACCUUCAAAAUAGUGUUAUUCUAAAAUAAAAUAGAGUUUUUCUCCAAUGAUUUACUCUAUAUUUGACUCUAAAAAAAAUAUUUUUAAAUAUUUUUUUUUCUAUUUUAUAACUAAUAUCGUUUACUUACAAAAUUUACAAAUUGACUCUUUAUAUUUUAUUUUUCACAAAAGUUUCAUAAAUUAUAUAUUUAUACCAAACAUUUAUUAUAUUAAAACUUAUAUUACAUUUUACUAAUAACAUAGUAUAUUUUAACGUAAACAUCUCUAUUAGUAUAUUUUUCCCACAAGUGAUCAAUUAACGAAUUUCAGAGUGUGAAAUGAAUUUUUUUAUCUUUAAUUUUUUCUAAAUCAACCAAAAAAUUCUUCAAAUCGAAUAUUAUCAUUCUUUUGUGUCUGAAGCUGUUAUGCCUUAGAUCAUCAUUCAAUUGACAUAAUUCAGAUUGCCAUUAAGGUUCCUUAAACCAAUCAUCCCACUAUGAAAAAGAGAAAAAUACACUAAGUGAUUAUAAAUGAUUAAACAAAGUAUACAUUACUCCUAUUCAACUUUCAUGUAGGAUAAAUAUCACCCACAUUAAACUAUGAGAAUUGUUUGUAUAAAACAAAAAAAUUCAUCACUAUGAGAUUGAAAUAGCUAAAAAAACAGUGUGAGGCCAAAAUGUUUAAACAUAAAUUUAUUACGAAUCACUUGAUACAAAAAUAAAUCUCAACCAUUUUGGAAAAAAAUACCCCAUGCAAAACGAUGACAAACUCUUAAACACAAAAAACAUCAUUUACUCAACGGACUAUAGAUUCCAAACUUAAACGGCCAACAACACAAAAAUCUUUGAAAGCCCACAACGUUUUUGAAAUAUAUUAGCCGAACACUUCUUCACCAAUCCAAAUUGUUCAUACAAAUCAAAUUUACCAGUAUUGUAUACUAUAAAUCAGUUUCGGAAGCAUACAAACUCACUCACAUCACAUUUAGUUCCUCCUCCGAAUAACGUCAUGCAAUCACUUCCUGGGGCACAACAUUUUUAAAAAGCUAACAUCAUUAUCACACAUAUCAAUUCCAAAUCCAAACCUAAUGCACUGCCUACUAAGAAUUUAACAAAAACCUCAAAUAACAAAUAAGGUAAUGAUCUUAGAAAAGAAAUUAUAACAAUUGUUCAAACGUUAAAUGUUAACAAAUAAAAUUUACAACAUCAUCUUAGAAAACAAAUAAUAUAUUUAUUAUAUUCAAUUUAAAGUAGUUUUAAAUGUUUUAUAAAAUUAAAUUAUAUUUUACUAUAAAGAAUUUUAUUAUAAACCUUCGUCCGUAGGGCGGACCAACCCCUAGUUUUAAUAAUAUAACUCAAUCCGCGUAAAGCGCGGUUCUUAUCCUAGUGUUUUUAUUAUUGGUGCAAUGAAAUUUAAAUCACUUCAAGAAUUAACAAAUUCCAAAAAAAAAAAAAAAAUACCAAUUCACGAAAAAUCUUGCAAAAGUUGUGGGUUCAUUCUUCACGGAUCCUAGAUGGCUUCAGCUUCUACGAGGAGAGACAUAGAGCUAUUCAAGACAGAAACGGCAGACACGUGAUAUUCCUUAAAAUCUCAUAGCCUCUCCAACCUAUGUCCCACCACAUCACACAAGUUUUCUCCAGGAUGACUAUGUCAGGAAAAUAUAUAAUAGCUUUGCGGAGGCUUUGGCCUUGCAACACAAACUCAGUUAAGUUAAAAUCAUCUCUCCUUUUUUAGGCUUUGUAUUGGAACUUGGAAAGGGGAUUAAAAUUAUGGGUUUAUACAGUUCAUUUGGUACUACUGACCACAGUCUUGAGAAAAGCUUCUAUUUUGUAAAAAUGUUGCUCGACAGCUAGCAUGUGAAAGCUCAAAUUAAUAUAACAUAACGUUAUGUGCGAAAACAGAUCCAAUAACGUGGGAAAGUUACUCAUUAAAACAAAUGGUUCGAAGCACGAAACAUACAUGAAAAGAAAGUCUUGAACGUUUGAAACAAAAGCACCAUAUGUUUACAGUCUAAGCCAAAGCCAUCAUAGCAAGGUCGAGACGAAGGAAACGGUAAUCAAAGUGAUGGCUAGAGCCACAACGGCGUGAC